AUGGAAGAAAGACAAACUAGACCAACCUAUCAGAUUGGGUCAAGAUGUCCUCUCUGUAGGGAGGACUAUAGCAAAGAAAUGCACAAGUUGGACAACCAUAUUAUACAUUGCUUCUUGUAUCUCAUCGUUGACAUGGAUCGUCUCGACACUGUAAAGGAGACUAUUAAAGAGAUAGAGAUUGACGAACAGAUCAAGAAGAAUGAGAGGGAGAGGGAGAUGGUCGGUGAGAACAAACAUCAAACUUUGACAAGACAAACAAGAAAUUGCAACCAAUCAUUAAUACUACCCUUAGAAGGAGAUUAUAAUAAUACAAGACUAAAGAGAAAAAAGAUUCAAAUACUUUAUACUCUACAAAAACAACAACAACAACAACAACAUCAAAUCAUUAUUGUAAGAUAA